AUGGCUUCAUCACUCUUUAUGCCUUCAUCCAUAGUGGAAGAAGAAGCCAGGUUUGAAGCUGAAGUGGCAGAGGUGCAAGCAUGGUGGAACUGUGAGAGGUUCAAGCUAACAAAACGACCAUACUCAGCUAGAGAUGUGGUGUCCCUACGAGGCAACCUCAGGCAAACGUAUGGCUCAAAUGAGAUGGCCAAAAAGCUAUGGCGCAUUCUGAAGAGCCACCAAGCCAAUGGCACAGCCUCAAGGACUUUUGGUGCACUUGAUCCUGUUCAGGUCACUCAGAUGGCCAAGCACUUGGAUACCAUCUAUGUCUCAGGGUGGCAGUGCUCAGCCACUCACACCACCACCAAUGAACCAGGCCCUGACCUUGCUGAUUACCCUUAUGACACGGUUCCCAACAAGGUUGAACACCUCUUUUUUGCUCAGCAAUACCAUGACAGGAAACAAAAAGAGGAGAGAAUGAACAUGAGCAGGGAAGAGAGGGCAAGGACGCCUUAUGUUGAUUACUUGAGACCAAUCAUAGCUGAUGGUGACACAGGUUUUGGUGGCACCACAGCAACUGUGAAGCUUUGCAAGCUAUUUGUGGAGAGAGGGGCUGCUGGCAUCCACAUUGAGGACCAGUCUUCUGUGACCAAAAAGUGUGGCCACAUGGCAGGGAAAGUGCUGGUUGCCAUCAGUGAACACAUCAAUAGGCUUGUGGGUGCAAGGCUUCAGUUUGAUGUCAUGGGGGUGGAAACUGUUUUGGUGGCUAGAACAGAUGCAGAAGCUGCUAAUUUGAUUCAAUCUAACAUUGACACUAGGGAUCACCAAUUUAUCUUGGGUGUGACCAACCCAAACCUUAGGGGGAAGAGCUUGGCAACUCUUAUGGCAAAAGACAUGGCUGCUGGGAAAAGUGGGACUGAGCUUCAGGCUUUGGAGGAUGAGUGGCUGUCAAAGGCACAGUUGAAGACUCUAUCGGAAGCAGUGGUGGAAGCAAUUGAGAGGCAGAACACGGGAGAGGAAGAGAAGAGAAGGAAGUUGAAUGAGUGGAUGCACCAUUCAAGUUAUGAAAGGUUUCUUUCCAAUGAGGAAGGUAGGGAGAUUGCUGAGAGGUUAGGAGUGAGGAACCUGUUUUGGGACUGGGACUUGCCUAGGACUAGAGAAGGGUUUUACAGGUUCAAAGGGUCUGUAAAAGCAUCGGUUGUUAGAGGUUGGGCCUUUGCUCCACAUGCUGAUGUGAUAUGGAUGGAAACUGCGAGCCCCAAUGUGGCUGAGUGCACACAGUUUGCUGAGGGGGUUAGAUCAAAGCACCCUGAGAUGAUGCUGGGGUACAACCUCUCUCCAUCUUUCAAUUGGGAUGCUUCUGGCAUGACUGAUGAGCAAAUGAGAGACUUCAUUCCCAAGAUUGCGAAGUUAGGGUAUGUGUGGCAGUUCAUCACAGUUGGAGGUUUGCAUUCUAAUGCACUAAUCACUUCAACAUUUGCAAGGGACUUUGCCAAUAGGGGAAUGCUGGCUUAUGUUGAGAGGAUUCAGAGAGAGGAGAGGAACAAUGCGGUUGACACACUUGCUCACCAGAAAUGGGCUGGUGCCAACUACUAUGAUAGGUACCUUAAGACUGUCCAAGGAGGUGUGGCUUCAACUGCUGCAAUGGGAAAAGGAGUAACUGAAGAGCAGUUUAAAGAAUCAUGGACAAGAUCAGGAGCUGUAGACAUUGGAGGCAGUAUUGUGGUUGCUAAAGCCAGGAUGUGA